AUGCAAUCAUAUGCUCUCAGCAGCUGUAGUAAUAAUCUUAAAUUGAAAGCCACACAAAUAAUAGAUGCUGAGCCAACGAAUUUAAUCGUUCCUGACCCAUUGUCGAUCGAAGAUAUGUUUUCACCCAUUGAGGUAUUGAUUUGCAGGCAGAGAUCAGUACAAGGUUUAGUUCUUUCUUUAAGUGAAAAGACUGAAGAAGAAACAAGCGUAAAACAUUUGGAAAGACAAAGAGGCAUGAAAGUUGAAGAAAACAAACAGGUGGUCAGAUACGACGAUAGACAUAAUCCACGAUCGAAUAACGAUAACAGACAACGAUGGGCAGCAAGAGGCCAUGACUUUCAAAGAAAUAUUUAUCAAGGAAAUAGUUAUAACCCCAGAUACCAAGGAAAUAAUUACAACCCUAGAUAUCAGAAUUAUAACGCGAAUUAUUACAACGUCAGAGCAAACUAUCCAGGAUCGUACAAUAAUUCUUCGAGAUUUGAUAAUAGAGCUAGUUAUAAUAAAAAUGACUAUAAUAAUAAUAGAUUUAAUAAUGAUUAUAAUUACAGAUAUAACAGACAUUAUAACGAUUCAAGAUGUAUUCAAAGAUAUAACGAUAAUCAUUAUGAUUCUUAUUCUUAUGAAUCAUUCUGA